GUAAAAUUUCUACACAAACUUAUCGUGUAAACAGAUUAUGUCGUAUACAACUGAGAACGAUUCAUCUGAUCAUCCGCAUCCAUGUGAUAAGCAUAUAUCACCUGGCGAUGAGGAUGAUGGUGGCGAUUCUAGUCUUACUUUACCUGCUGAAGCACAGUAUGAUCCAACCUUGACUGGAGCAGAAUAUUACCAAACAGGUGGUUAUUGGCAUGCUGGAACACAAAUGAUGGAUUGUUUAUUUCAAACUGAUCGGAUUGCAGAUGUGGCUUUCGAUCCUUUAGAAGAAUUAAUCUGGUGUGUGACACGUACAGGUCAAAUGAGUGCAUUCUAUUCAACUACCAUGGAACGUUAUAUAACACUUACUGUACCGUUGAUUUCGGAUGUGAAUUCACUUGAAACUAUCACACCAUAUAAUGGAUUGAAGCAAGUCUUUCCUUCACCUCGUCCAAUGGAACAUUCUGUUUUUGUUUUGGCUAAUAAUGCUUUACAUGCUUAUACAAAAAUGGGCAGACCGUUAGCUUCUGUUGUGGCAAAUAUCAUCCAUUGGUUCAGCAUUUGUAGAUCAAUGCUGCGACUAGUUAGAGCUUUUAAACAAGUAACAGUGUGGGGUGGCAUUGAAUUAUUAUUGGAUCAGCCGAAAUCAAACGACUGCAUUACUUAUAAGGACUUCAAUGUUUCCCCACCAUCUGAAUCGUGUGUUUAAAACGAGUGGGAGAUUAGUCAACUGUUUUUAUGUGAGUGUAUUUACUUACUGGGUUUUCAUUGCUAAACACAAUAAUGAAUAUUUACUAACUGGAUAAACUGAUACAUAUCACCCUGCAAUAAUUUAUCCCUCACUCACGUUAUUUAUGAAUAAUAAUUUCCUUUUUAGACAUAAAUUCAUGCUAGAGUUAGAAUGUUUAGCUGUAACUGGUCCUACUGGUACCUUGAUGAGUGGGUCCGGUAUUAGAGGAGCUGGUAAUGGUUUGGGGAACUUCGCACGAUUUUUCUUGGGUGGUCUUCAACCAACCCUACUAGAAGUAGAUGCUGUAGAACGUUGGGGUGAAGUAAUCAAUACAAUAGAUGUUGGAAUUGGUGGAUCUGUAGUGCUUCGACCAUUCAGUGGUGGCUUAUGCGCUGGAAAUACAAAUGGAAAAGUUAUGAUAAUCGAUUCGCGUACCAGUCAUGGUAUUGUACGUGAAUUAGACGCGCAUACUGGUGAAAUCUCUGAUAUGACAGUUGAUGCGAAUAGUCAUACAUUAGUCACUUGUGGAUGGUCACGUAUCGGUGAUUCUGGAUUACGUGUGGACCGCUUGUUGAGAGUCUAUGAUCUUCGAUCGGGUCGUGCUCAAGUUCCACUCUCUACAUCACUAGAUCCAUGUUUUGUUCGAUUUAUACCUGGUUGCAGUGAUAGUUUAUUGGCUACUUCACAAACUGGUGCUUUUCAAACUAUACAAUGGGGUAAAAUUGCGUUUUCCCCAAAUGAUUUAGGUCAAUUGUGGUUAGGUUACGACCGACUAGUUGCCACAGAUCUAUCACAAAAUGGGAAUUGUGUCGUUUUCGCCACUGAAGCUGGACAACUACACUUAUAUAUUCAUGAUAUAAAUUUGUGCCAAUUUAAUACAUCACCUUUACCUACAGAAUUCGCUUCUCCAUUCCCGGAAAGCUUAUGGCCUACAAAUACACUACAAACUACAAUCCCAGUAAAUUAUUCAUUAAUGAUUUUCGAUGAUCCUGCUAGUACACUGUAUGGAAGCAAUUUAGCUGGAAUUGGUAAAACAGCUGCUGAAUCAAUUGGCUUACAAAUGUUAGCUGCUUCUAUACAUCAACCGCCAGAAAGUUUAUCCAGUCCAGAUUUUCUAAAUCUUGUCGAACGUCGUAAAGCCGAAGCAGCACGUGAAGCAGUUCUUACUGCUUAUAAACCAAUUGAAUAUGAUGAUUAUCGUUUCUCAUUAGCCAGUGUUCCUUUUGCCGCUUAUCCACCACCAGUAUUCGAUUCAACCAAUAAUCCAAUUGAAGAUGAAUCAAGUUGUAUAUGGAAAGCUAAACUGGACACAAUGUGUACAUCAGAUUGGCCAGAAGAUUUGAAUAAAUCACAGCACAAAGUAAUGAAUGAAGUUGAUCCUGAUCUUUUAAAUAAUGCCAAUAGAAAACGAGCUGUACGUAAACCACCUCAAUGGGGAACUGUAUGGCAUCCAUAUUCCACGGAUGAAGUAACAAUGAACUUAUAUACUACUCAUAAUAAUAUUGAUGAUAAUAGCAUGGAAACUGGAUGUUCUAGUCCAUUGCAAUUAGGUCGUUUCGAACAUGUUACAAUGAAAGCAACAACAACAACAGCAACAAUCAACGCUACUAUCCCCACUACCACCAUCACAGCAAUUACAUCAUCCACAUCGACGGCAGUCACUAAUAACAAAUUGCCUACAUUAGCAUAAUCAUAUUAUCGUCAUUAAUAAAAUGCAUUUCAGUUGUUUAUUUCUGUUAUUGUCAUCGUCACUUGACUUUUUUUUUCUAUGUUAACAAAAUUGCAUUGAGAAGUUAUUUACACCGCUACAUUUCUAUUGAUGCUUUGCUUCACCUUUAAGAUAUAUAUCAAUAACAACAUAACGUACAUUGUCCAUUGACAUCCAAUCACCAUGUACAAUCAAUUUUAGUUUAAUUUAUGUACAAAUAUUUAGAUUGUUUUUUCUCUUUUACAUUGUAUGGUAGUAUGGUUUUUCUUAUUUCUCUGUAUUGAUUAUACUUAGUUAACAAUCGAGUUUUAUUUCCUUUUGUUGCCUCGGUUAUUAUUAUUUUUUUUGCAUUAUAUAUAUUAAAUAGAUAGGUUUUCUUUUUUUAGUUAAAACAAGCAUAACUGUGGGGGGGGGUUACUGUUUUUUUUUAAAAUUUUUUUUAAAAAACCCACUGUUCCCCCCCCCAUAUUUUAACUGUUAUUUUUACGAACUGUUAAUAAAUGGAUCAAUGAAAA